UAUACAAGGUUUACAAAAAAAAAACCCAAACCUUCGUUUUCCCUCUCUCUCCCUCUCUCCCUCUCUCCCCCCCUCCAUUGCCAAACUGCAAAACCUCGCAGGCCCAUGUCCCGCCUUUUGAACAUUCUCUCCUAGGGUUUCGACAUUCUGCACCAGUCGCUCGGAGUACCAAAUUACCAAUCGACAAACCAACCAUGGUGCUACCGAAGCAGCUGCUCGCCACCAUCGAAUCAGCCCUGCUGGGCCCGUCGCCGCCGAGCCCGUCUCAGAGAGUGGAGCUCAUGCACGCCAUUCGCAGCUCUCUAUCCUCCUUCCAGUCCCUCCUCUCCUAUCCGCCUCCGAAACCCUCGGACCGGGCACAAGUUCAGUCAAAAGAAGUCAGGCUUCCUGAUGGACCGCCAAUUUCGCUUGAUGACCAAGAUGUUCAGUUUGUUGCUGUUGUGCUUGAUCAGGGGCUUGAAGCUGAUCUCGUGUCUGAUAUUCAGGAAUACUUGGAAAAUCUUAUCAAUAAUGGGCUAAGACAAAGAUUGAUAUCUCUUAUAAAGGUUUGGAAGCAUCUCUCAACUUUUUUCUUACGUGUCACAGUUGCUUUAGUUCUGGACGGCUCACAUCUCAUACUUGGACAUUGCCUUGUGCUUUCUGUUAUGGUUGUGCGGAUGAGUUCAAAGGAUAUAAAGGAUAUGUUUUUUGUUUUAAAAGACAGUGCUGCUGAACUUAGUGACACUAACAACACCAUGAAACGUCAGAUUACAUUUAGUCUUCUUUUUUCUUUGGUGAUCGCUUUCGUAUCAGAUGCUCUGAAUGCAGUACCUGAUAAAGCAUCUGUUCUGUCCAGUGAUGCCUCUUUUCGACAUGAAUUUCAUGAAAUAGUAACCGCUGCUGGAAAUGAUCCAAACGUUCAGGGUUUUGUUAAUAGCACAAGGCUUGCUUGGGCUGUACACUUGAUGUUAAUACAAGAUGCUAUUACUGCAAGAGAUACUAUUUCAAGUGCUUCAUCGAGUGAUAUGGGUUACCUGCAGUCUUGCUUAGAAGCCAUUUUUUCAAACAAUGUUUUCCAGUUUAUGAUAGAUCAAGUUCUACGAACUGCAGCAUAUCAGAAUGAUGAUGAGGAUAUGAUUUAUAUGUACAAUGCUUAUCUUCACAAACUGAUCACUUGUUUCUUAUCUCACCCACUCGCCAGGGACAAGGUAAAAGAAUCAAAGGAGAGGGCUAUGAGCAUGCUUAGUCCAUACCGCAUGGCUGGAUCACAUGAUAGUAACUUAACUUCUCAACAAGUCUCUGAAACUGGCCCAUUAUCCUUCGUCUCUCUUUUGGAGUUUGUGAGCGAAAUUUAUCAGAAGGAACCAGAGCUGUUGUCUGGCAAUGAUGUCUUGUGGACAUUUGUGAAUUUUGCUGGAGAGGAUCAUACAAAUUUUCAGACGCUUGUGGCUUUCUUGAAUAUGCUGAGUACCUUGGCUUCUAGUCAAGAGGGUGCCUCAAAGGUUUUUGAGUUACUGCAGGGUAAAGUGUUCCGCUCCGUUGGGUGGAGCACUUUGUUUGACUGCUUAUCAAUUUAUGAUGAGAAAUUUAAACAAUCUCUUCAAACUGCGGGUGCCUUGCUACCGGAAUUCCCAGAGGGGGAUGCAAAAGCACUUGUUGCUUAUUUGAAUGUCCUUCAAAAGGUUGUGGAAAACGGAAAUCCCCUUGAAAGAAACAAUUGGUUUCCUGAUAUUGAGCCUUUAUUCAAGCUACUUGGUUAUGAAAAUGUGCCUCCUUAUGUGAAGGGUGCUUUACGUAAUGCAAUCACAACUUUUGUUCAUGUCCCCGAGCCUAAAGAUACAGUUUGGAGUUAUCUUGAGCAGUAUGAUCUACCUGUGGUUGUUGGGUCUCAUGUUGGGAAGAGUGCACAGCCCAUGGCAGCACAGGUAUAUGAUAUGCAAUUUGAGUUGAAUGAAGUAGAAGCAAGGAGAGAACAAUAUCCUUCAACAAUAUCUUUCCUUAAGCUGCUAAAUGCUCUUAUUUCUGAAGAAAGAGAUCUAAGCGAUAGAGGGCGUAGAUUCAUUGGCAUUUUUAGGUUCAUCUACGAUCAUGUUUUUAGGCCGUUCCCUCAAAGAGCCUAUGCAGAUCCUUGUGAGAAAUGGCAGUUGGUUGUUGCUUGUCUUCAGCAUUUUCAUAUGAUAUUGAGUCUGUAUGACAUCAAUGAGGAGGACAUUGAUGGUGUCACUGAUCAUUCUCAGCUUUCAACAGUAACACAACCAUCUCCACUCCAGAUGCAGCUACCCAUAUUAGAGUUGCUAAAAGACUUCAUGAGUGGCAAAACUGUCUUCCGGAAUAUGGGCAUUCUUUUGCCUGGUGUCAAUGCCAUCAUAACUGAACGGACAAAUGAAGUGUAUGGGCAACUUUUAGAGAAAGCUGUGCAACUCUCUUUGGAAAUUAUAAUCCUCGUCUUGGAGAAGGAUUUGCUUCUUUCUGAUUUUUGGCGUCCUCUUUACCAGCCUCUGGAUGUUAUACUCUCUCAAGAUCAUAAUCAAAUUUUAGCCUUAUUGGAAUAUGUCAGAUACGAUUUUCAACCUCAAAUUCAGCAGUGCUCUAUCAAAAUCAUGAGUAUAUUAAGCAUCAUGGUUGGAAGCACAGCAAUGUAUCAUUAUUUUGGGAAAUCCAAUGCUGCAAGCAGUUUGAUUGAGGAUUAUGCAGCUUGCCUAGAAUUACGGUCAGAAGCAUGUCAGAUCAUAGAGAACAUUAGUGUCGAGGAAUCCGGGUGAUUACUUUUACAGCUUCUAGUGGACAAUAUCAGUAGGCCGGCUCCCAAUAUCACCCAUUUACUACUCAAGUUUGAUCUUGACAGGCCUAUUGAACGGACUGUUUUACAGCCAAAAUUUCAUUACAGUUGCUUGAAGGUUAUUCUUGAAAUCUUGGAGAAGCUUUCAAAGCCUGAUGUGAAUGUGUUGCUUCAUGAAUUCGGUUUCAAGCUCCUUUAUGAGUUGUGCCUAGAUCCUCUAACAGGUGGUCCUACUAUGGAUCUGUUGAGUAGUAAAAAGUAUCAGUUUUUCAUAAAGCACCUGGAUACGAUUGGGGUUGCUCCACUUCCUAAACGAAAUAACAACCAGGCGCUUCGCAUCAGUUCCCUUCAUCAGAGAGCUUGGCUGUUGAGACUAUUAGCCAUUGAAUUGCAUGUUGGUGAUGUCAAUAUCCCUACUCACCGGGAGACAUGCCUUAGCAUCCUUGCGCAUCUUUUUGGGCAGGAAAAUGUUGAAACUGGAAUUGAUUCUCAUUCAUUUUCCCUUGAAGAUGGCAUGGAAAAUGCUGUAGCCCUCACUGUUAGUAAGAGUAAGGUGUUGGAGUUGCUUGAAGUAGUCCAAUUUAGAUCCCCAGAUACCACGAUGAAGCUCUCUCCGGUUGUUUCUAAUACAAAAUAUGAACUGUUGGUGGAUGACAUACUUAGUAAUCCUACAACUUCUGGGAAGGGUGGUGUCCAUUAUUACUCUGAGCGUGGUGAUCGAUUGAUAGAUCUUGCUUCAUUCCGUGACAAACUUUGGCAGAAAUUCAAUUCUGUUUAUCCUCAGUUGAGUACCAUUGGCAGUGACCUAGAGCUGAACAAUGUAAAAGAAACAAUUCAACAGUUGUUGAGAUGGGGUUGGAAGCACAAUAAGAACCUUGAGGAGCAAGCAGCCCAACUUCAUAUGUUAACUGGCUGGUCGCAUGUUGUUGAGAUAUCUGCAUCCAGAAGAAUAUCAUCACUUGGAAAUCGCUCUGAAGUUCUAUAUCAGGUUCUUGAUGCUGCUCUGACUGCUUCUGCUUCUCCAGACUGUUCAUUGAAGAUGGCAUUUAUGCUGUGCCAGGUUGCUCUGACAUGCAUGGCAAAGUUAAGAGAUGAAAGAUUUUUAUUCCCUGGUGGUCUUAGUUCUGAUAGUUUGGCAUGCCUUGAUAUUAUCAUGGCAAAACAAUUACCAAAUGGAGCUUGUCACUCAAUCCUGUUUAAGCUUAUGCUGGCAAUUCUAAGACAAGAAUCAUCAGAAGCCUUAAGGAGACGGCUAUAUGCUUUGCUUCUUAGCUAUUUUCAGUAUUGUCAACAUAUGCUUGAUCCAGAUGUCCCGUCAACUGUUCUCCAAUUCUUGCUGCUUGAGCAAGAUGGUGAUGAUAUGGAUCUCCAGAAGAUCAACCGAGAACAGGCAGAACUUGCUCGUGCCAAUUUCUCUAUAUUAAGGAAAGAAGCUCAGUCUAUUUUAGAUUUGGUAGUAAAGGAUGCUACUCAAGGCAGUGAACUUGGAAAGCAAAUGGCACUCUAUGUUUUGGAUGCAUUGAUUUGUGUAGAUCAUGAAAGAUAUUUCUUAAGCCAACUUCAAAGCAGGGGUUUCUUAAGAUCUUGCUUAACGAGCAUCAGCAAUUUAUCUCAUCAGGAUGGUGGACGUUCUCUAGAACCAUUGCAGCGAGCAUACACUCUUGAGGCUGAACUUGCUUUACUACUGAGAAUAAGUCACAAGUACGGGAAAUCUGGAGCUCAGGUUCUCUUUUCCAUGGGUGCUUUGGAGCAUAUUGCUUCAUGCAAGGCAGUCAACUUUCUCGGAAGCUUGAGAUGGGUUGACACAAAACAUCAAAGAGAUGUUCCAGUGGAUAUCAAGAAGCAAAGGAUGAUUAUAACUCCUAUUCUGAGAUUAGUGUUUUCUCUGUUGUCGUUGGUUGAUACUUCUGAAUUUUUUGAGGUGAAGAAUAAAAUUGUUCGUGAAGUACUAGAUUUUGUCAAAGGGCAUAGAUCACUUUUUGAUCAUGUUCUUCGGGAAGACAUUUCUGAAGCUGAUGAACUGGUGAUGGAGCAGAUAAAUCUGGUUGUUGGUAUCCUUAGCAAGGUUUGGCCAUACGAAGAGCGUGAUGAAUGUGGCUUUGUUCAAGGGCUUUUUGGUUUGAUGCAUGCUCUUUUCUCUCGUGACUGGGAGUCUCUCAGUACUACUCGAUCAAUUCAACGUGUUGAGAAUCAGAGGAAGACAGAGCUUAACUCGUUUCAAUUAUGCUUCAGCCUAAGCUCUUAUCUAUAUUUUCUGGUCACAAAGAAAUCCCUUAGACUGCAGAUCUCAGACGUUCCCCUAGAUUACAAUGCUGCUGUGGGACUUCAACUUCCCACAUUGAGUUUGCUGGGUUCUUUUCUCACUUCUGUCACAACUGCUCUUGAAAGAGCCGCUGAGGAAAAGUCCUUACUACUCAAUAAGAUUCGAGACAUAAAUGAAUUAUCGAGACAGGAGGUGGAUGAAGUUAUUAAUAUAUUUGCCCGGCAAGUUUUUGUUUCGCCAUCAGACAAUAUCCAGAAAAGGAGGUAUAUUGCGAUGGUGGAAAUGUGCCAGGUUGUUGGUAUAAGGGAUCAGUUAAUAACUAUUGUACUUCCGCUCGUGGAACAUGUGCUGAACGUUUUCCUUAUCCAUUUCCAGGAUAGCUCAUUGUUAUCCAAUGCCAAGGGAUCAUUGAAGACAAUCACGUACGGUGCCAAGUCUGAACAGGCACAAGACAUGGCUUCCGUGUGUGGAAAUCUAAUUCGCACUUUAGAACGACUUGAGUUACUAAGCGAGGAUAAAGUAGGCCACAAUCUGAAGGUGUUUCGGAGAUUAGCGACUUCACUCAAGGAAAUGGCGAUUCAGCGGUUAGGCUCUUGAGAAUGUUCGAACCAGCUACUGGUCCGACUCGAUGAAUCUCACAUUAAUGUAUCCGGUCUUGUAUUCUAAUGGCAUAGUGUUGUUGUACAUUAGGUUGUGUGAUAUCAGAGACUCUGUAAAAUGCUAAGUUAUACAACUUUUUGUCCAUCGAAAUCUCCGAUUCUGUAUAAUGCUGGAGUUCUGAAAAAAUGAACUGUUGAUGAAGUUGCAAUGAGAUUAUCGGUUAGAUUAAAGUGA